UUUGAAGAGCAUUGUGGGCGUGUUUAGAGAAGAGUGAUCGGGCUCAAGCUCUGCAGUUUUCAGACUGGUUUGGAUGUCUCUGUGGUUGGAUUGCUUCUUCACACUGAGACUGGUAAACUGAAGGCAUUAUGAAAGCUUCUGUUGGAGUGUGUGUGGUGUUCGUUCUGGCUCUGCUGGGGUUUGGCUCUGCAAUUAAAUGUUACCAUUGUAAGGACUACUCGGGCUCAUGCUCUAAAAUACGAGACUGCUACUAUGAUGAUGCCUGCGUGUCCGUCUACGAAAGAGGUGGCGACACAUACAGGCAGUGUAUAAAGUACUCUGAAUGUGAGCGCAGCAACAUCGCUGAGAAAUUUCCCAGACUUUCCAGCUUCAAGUACUCCUGUUGUACCUCUGACCUGUGUAACACUGCAGCUCCAAUGGCAGUGUCCAGCCACUCUGUGGUGGGAAUACUGCUCUCACUAGCUCUCUUCUGGUGGGGUGUCCUCUAAAACAGCACAAACACUUGGGCUUCUGCAUUGCUCCUUGUAAAGCUGGUAUGGUAUCAUGCAGUGAGAAUGCAGAGAUCUUCUAUAUCUUGAAUUAAGUGGUCAAAGAAGCAUUCACAGCUUAAAGGGAUACUCCACUUUUUUUGGAAAUAGGCUCAUUUUACAACUCCCCCAGAGUUAAACAGUUGGGUUUUUACCGUUUUUGAUUACAUUCAGACGAUUUUUUGAUAUUUAGAAGAAUAUCAGUAAACAGACAGUUUCUGGUCUCAUUGACCUCCAUAGGAAAAAAAAUAUACUAUGGAAGUCAAUGAGACCAGAAACUGUCUGGUUCUUCUAAAUAUCAGAAAAUCGGCUGAAUACAUUCGAAAACGGUUAAACUCAGCUGUUUAACUCUGGGGGAGUUGUAAAAUGAGCCUAUUUCCAAAAAAGUGGAGUGUCCCUUUAAAUCUCAGCUGUAUGUUAAAACUGUGUGUGCUCAAUGCUAAAGCUUGUGAGCUAAAGCUUGUCAUGUUUUUCUUCAUUUUGCACUUAACAGUGAAAGGGAAACUGUCUGAUUAUAAUUGAUUGUGUUAAACAUCGCUCUCAUUGUGUACGUGUACUCUUUCAUGGCUAAUCCUUUUAUCCAGAAAAGUGGUACAACUGAGUGGGUUGUGAGGAUUCUGAUGCUGAGAUUUUCAAAGGGUUAAUGUGUCAUAUCACUGUCAUUUGCAUAAACGCCCUUUAUACUACCUGCUUUUCCUCUUUACGAAUGUCUAUUUUAAAACUUAAAUUCUCUUGAAAAACAUUGUGUGAUGUAGACAUGCAGUCUUUUCAGUGUACUGAUUAGCUUCUUGUUACCACUGUAGCCAGCAAAACUUACUAUGCGACCAAUAAAAGGAACAUGCGGUUUUACGCUAAUUUUGA